GGUCACGGGGGGUCCGGAGUCUACCACGAAAGCUGGGAACAAUCCAGGUUGGCUGGGAACAAUCCAGAGCCAGUAUCACCUUCUCUUGUCUGCCUUCACAUACGUUUCUCAUUCAAGCAGUAAUAUGCAAGACACAACAGAAUUCAUGGAGACUGAGAAGCUUUCCUCUCUGCAGCAUUGUAGAGCCUCUACGUCUGUCACUGUCGCCUGGAAUUGGAUUCAGAAGCUGGUAUCGGGAAACAAGGACUUAUUUACACCAGAUGUGGUGGAAACAAGUAACAUGAGAGAAUACAGGUUCCAGGUGAAUCAUGCUGGAAGGUUCUUCUGCUGCGUCACAGGCUUGGGGUUUGUGAUGGAGUCCAGUGGGGAGGUGACCUACAGCUUCUGCUCCUGGGAAAAAGCCCCCAAGACCCCCGGCAGCUGGAGUCCAGCGGGGCCCCUUUUUAACAUUGAGUGUCCCCAAGGGACCCUGAAGGAGCUGCACCUCCCUCACUGUGAGAUGUCAUCUGCAGAUGAAAACCUGGCUGUAGCACAUGUGACCAAAGACAACAUGGAGAUUCUGCAGCCACAGGAGGUGACAGACACACAUGUGGUCAUCAGCAUCACCGGCCUCUCUGAUUUUGGUGUCAUAACGACGAAAGAAUCCAGUGAAGUCCGUGGGCAAGUGCUGCUGCUGCUCCGGCAAAAAUCAAAAAUCUUGAAUGUGUUCUUGUUGCCCCUGAAUGUGCCUCCUGACCAGGUGCACCAGCAGGAGCUACAGAGACAAAACAUUCUCAUUCCUACCAGCUCUAAGUGCACGUUCAUUCAUAAUGAGCGGUACAGGAUUUCCUGUGACCACGAGGCUAUAAAGAGGAUCCAGCCAAAGAUUGAAGAGUUUGAAUGUGAUUUUGACCCAACAAUCCACCCAACUUUUGAGGUACAGCUGAACCGUGACGUGGUGGAAGUGGAGCUGAGUGUCUUGGAAGAGAAGAGCGGUAAAGUCGUGUGGCGGCGCAUCGUCAACCUCAGAGGUGAUAACGUGCUAUUUCUAUGUGGAAAUAAACAGAUGGGUCUGUGUGAGACCAUCAGGACAAGCAAACAUGAUUAA